AUGGCACCUCCGUUGGAACAUGUCCGGCCCAUGUUUGAGCUCCGAGGCCGAUGCUAUGUCGUGACAGGCGGUGCACAGGGCAUCGGCUUUGCUUCGACGCGUUCAGUCUGCGAGCUCGGUGGCAAUGUAGCAGUGCUGGAUAUACAGGAGCCAGUGGCCGAGUUCAAGUCCCUUUCGACCGACUUCGGGGUCAAGACGUUCUUCAUACAAACCGAUGUCACGAGCCAAGAGAGCCUGGAAGCCGGUUUUGCGCAAGCAAUCAAGCAGCUUGGUCGACUCGACGGACUCGUCCCAGCUGCUGGCAUCGCCAUCGACAAGCCGUUCAUCGAUCAGACCUGGGACGAGUUCAGCCGGAUACAAGAGAUCAAUGGCCGCGGAGUAUUCUUUAGCUGUCAACUCGCAGCGAGGCAGAUGAUCAAGCAAGGUUUUGGUGGCAGUAUGGUGCUACUGGCUUCUCAAACCUCGCAUAUCGCCAUACCGGGUCAUCGUAUGGCGGCAUACAACUACUCCAAGGGCGGCAUCCUGAUGUUGAUGAAAGCUCUUGCUGUUGAACUCGCACCACAUAACAUCAGAGUCAACAGCAUCUCGCCAGGCUACGUGGAUUCCGACAUGCUUCAACGCGUGAGAGCAGCCAAAGUACCUGCGGAAGCAGCACAAAUGGAGAACUCUCCUCCACUAAAGCGACUAUCUAACGCGAAUGACUUGACUGGCGCCAUCGUGUACCUUCUGAGUGACGCGGCGAGGUUCACAACAGCAGCAGACAUCCCAAUAACAGGUGGUCUACACGCUGGGACCAUUGAAGGGUUGAUUUACUACGAGAGCAAGUAG